AUGUGUGACAACCACCCCUUCUGCUUUGCCUAUGCCCAUAUGGACGUGGACCCCUGUCCCACAAUCUCCAAAUAUCUUGAGAUUGUCUACAGCUGUGAACAAAAAGUGUGUCUGCACGGCCUGGGAGUCGAGAACGGGAAUCUCACGGACGCCCGGCUCUCCGCUUCUUCCUCCAUUGGUGCCUUCACUCCCAACAAAGCCCGUUUGAAUGGAAAUUCCUGCUGGAUGCCUUCAGGAACCCCCACCUCCAGCUGGAUCCAGGUCGACUUGGGCCAGACCAGAAAGGUAACAGGAAUAGUAAUCCAGGGUUGUCCUCAAAACGACCACUGGCUGACCAAAUUCAAGAUCCAGCACAGUACGGACGGAACAAGCUGGACUGACCACACCGCUGACGGGCAGUUUUUCCCAGGCUCAGCAGACCGAAACAGUCCUGUAACUCAGCUGCUGGGCACACCAGUGUCAACUCAGUACGUCCGCAUCCUCCCGCUGGAGUUCAGUGGUCAGGCAGGCCUUCGCUUCGACGUGUUGGGGUGCACACCGGACUAUGCAAUCACCUGCGCCAAUAGGCCCAACUUCAACUUCGCCAACGAGAAAAUGACUGUCCAUUGUCCAGCACGCUGUGCCGACGCUUAUCACCGAGUGUACGGCACGUCAGUGUAUCGUGGGGACUCAAACAUCUGUGCUGCAGCUAUCCAUGCUGGAGUGGUAUUAAAUGACAAUGGAGGAGACUGUACUUUGUUGAAAGUUGCGGGACAGAACUUCUAUUCCGGCUCCAGCAGGAACGGCAUCACCUCGUUACAAUACGAUGGGGACUAUGCCGUGUCUUACACCUUUGCAGACGGGGAGCUACGGUGUUCUGGGCUGGACUGGUAUGAGUUUGGAGACUUCUGCUACAAAACUUUUGAAGACAGAAAGACCUGGCAUGACGCCCAGGACACCUGCAGGACUCUGGGUGCUGAACUCGUAUCCGUCCUGUCGAUGACGGAGCAGAGCUGGCUGGAAAGCUACCUGUACCUGGCCACCAGUGACGUGUGGACUGGUCUGAAUGACCUGUUUGUGACUGGUAUGUUCACCUGGUCUGACGAUCACAUGGUGACCUUCACCUACUGGGCUCCAGGGGAGCCCAACAACCACGACGGGUUCACUGAAGACUGUGUUGAGAUGUUACACCAGACUGGGCGAUGGAACGAUGUGUCCUGCACAGAGCUCAAUACCUACAUAUGCAAAAUGCCCAAAGAUCAUUAUCCAGUGCCCUCUGUCGGACCCACUGUGUACGGAUGCCCUCAGGGCUGGGAUGCAUACGGAUACUCCUGCUACUGGAUGGAGGAGAGCACCAGGAGCUGGUCGGAUGCUAAAGCUUUCUGUAAAGAGCAGGACGGCUUCUUGCUGCACAUCGGAGACAUUUAUGAGCAGGCACAUUUCACAGUGUCACUGUCGGGAAAGACCGGCUUGUGGUGGACUGGCCUGCGUGCUCGAGGGGGGGCAAGUGGAGGGGUCGACUACAUCUGGGACAACGGGUUGCCCCUCACCUUCACUCACUGGGACAGAGACCAGCCAGAUAGCGGGGAUGGUACUUGUGUGGCGAUGACAACGGGUCAGAUUGGUGGUUUCUGGGAUGACAAGCCGUGCUUAGACAAACAGGCCUUCGUCUGUGAGAAACCCAGGCCCGACAUCACCCCACCCACCAAGGCCCCGACUCCUCCUCCUGCACAGGGCUGUGCUCUUGGGUGGACAGCUCUGCCUCACUUCAGAAACUGUUACCGGCUCUUCCACAAUGUGGACUGGUCCCUGAAGAAGAGCUGGGGAGCAGCACGCGAGGACUGUGUCAGCAGAGGAGGUGAUCUGCUCAGCAUCCACAACCAGGAGGAGGAGGAGUUCCUGGCUCUCUACAGCAAAGACAGCAGCAAGUGGAUCGGCCUCAAUCACAACCCGAUGGAAGGAGGCUAUUCUUGGAGCGACGGCACACCUCUCUCGCACACCAACUGGGGCCGCGGGGAGCCCAACAACCACGAGGGCCGCGAGGAGUGUGUGGAGAUGGUGAGCAGCACCAACGGGACCCACUCGUGGUGGAACGAUCUCAACUGUGACGCUCACCAGGACUGGAUAUGCAUGCUUAGUAAAGGAACCAAACCCGUCCUGCCCCCAGUGCCCCCGCCUCCACUCCCAGCUCCCGAUUGUGGCACUAACCUUGGCUGGAGGAAGAACAACAACAUCUGCUACUACCACAACGACACCGACAUCGUGGACUUCCACACCGCGAUGACUCGCUGCUACCACGAGAAGGCCUCCCUGGUCUCCAUCCACAGCGGAGACGAGCAGGCAUACGUUAACACCAUGGUGGGGACGGGCCAGGUGACUGCAGCUUGGAUUGGAAUGAGGAUGUUUGGCAUCGCGAGUGGACAAUACAUGUGGGUGGACUUCACCCCGGUGACAUACACUCACUGGGGCCCAGGUGAGCCCAACAACGCCAACGGGGAGGAACAGUGUGUUCAGAUGAACAGACAUCAAGGGAGCUGGAAUGAUGCCAAUUGUGGUCGGGCUGGAGCCGGUUACGUCUGUAAGAAGCUCCCUGGAGAUAACCACACCCCUCCGCCACCCACACAGCCCUGGGAGGGAAACUGCCCUGCAGAUUGGAUGCGUUUCAAGGACAAGUGCUUCAUGUUCAAAGGGAAGAAAAAUGACAUUAAAGCAAACUGGACUUUUGCUCGGAGCUGGUGCAAAGAGCAAGGAGGAGAGCUGGCCGUUAUCGACAACCAGUACGAGAAUGACUUUGUCUCUAGUUACCUGAGGGACCUGGAGCUCCCCACGUGGAUCGGCCUGUCGGAUAUCUUGCUCGAGAAUCAGUACGCUUGGAGUGACGGGGUCAGCCCGGUGCUGUACACCAACUGGAACGGAAAGGAGCCCAACAACGCAGGAGGAACUGAGCACUGCGUGGCGAUGGCUCACGGACCCCUGAUGAGUGGCAAGUGGAACGAUGACAGCUGUCACAAGGAUCAAAGCUUCGUCUGCUCGAGGAAGAAAUCCAGCAGCAUCAACCCCCCACCCCCGACCCUGAGCCCGUGUCCGGAGGGCUACAUCUCCUGGUACCUGAACUGCUACAAGCUGGUGGAGGUGCCAGCCACGUGGGACGCGGCUCAGAUGUCCUGCGAGCAGCAGGGAGGCAACCUGGCCAGCAUCGACAUGAGCUAUGACCAGGCCUUCGUCGCUGGAGUGGUCGUGCAGGGCAAAGCUGAUGCCUGGAUCGGACUCAGGCGCAAGGGCGAUAGCUCGUACUCGUGGACCGAUGGCUGGCCAGUUUUCUUCACUCAGUGGGGACCGGGAGAGCCCAGCAACAUUAAGGAUGAGGGCUGCGUUAGUGUGCACGCCUCACGUGCGUUCCACGGGACCUGGAACGACACCCGGUGUGACCAAGCGAAGCCCUACGUCUGCAAGAUCUCCUCAGAGAAACCGCCGCCGACUCCCGCCACCAGUGAUGGGAAAUGUCUGCCAUUCUGGAUUCUCUACGGCCGCUACUGUUACUACGUAUACAACGGCCAGAAGGGUUUCUCUUGGCCGGACUCCCGCCACUACUGCCAGACGGUCAAGGCCGAUCUGGCGUCCCUCCACAGCAGAGCGGAGGUGGAGUUCAUCAGGAACCUCAACUACACCAAAUAUCACAACGUGUGGAUCGGACUGACCAGGGACCGCAACUUUGGCUGGGGCUGGACAGAUGGGACAGCUUUGGGCUUCCUCAACUGGUCUCCCGGUGAGCCCAAUACAGCCUUUCACCCCGGGGAAGUGGGCGAGGAGAGCUGUGUGGAGAUGUACCCGGACGGACGCUGGAACGACAACAACUGCCUGCAGAAGAGAGGCUUCGCCUGCCGCCAGUAUUACACAACAGAUGAUGGCGGUCAGACAAUCUUCCCCACUGAUGGUCCAGGGGUCAGCAGUAAGGAUGCUGGGGUGAUCGUCGGCGCCGUCAUUGCAGCCAUUGUGGUCUUCGCCUUCAUCGCCGGUCUGCUGUUCUACAUCUUCAGUGUCCGGGGAUAUAAACUGAGGGACCUGAGCCUGCUAACAAAAAGCACCACUCCCGUUGAUGUGCCCGCUUUCUCCAACCCCAAUUUCACAGGGCAAUCAGACGCAUGAACCGGCAUUUAAGUUUUGUACAGUACAUUGAAUUUACUUUGUAUAAAAAUCAGUGAUAAUGAUAAAGUCUCCAGAGUGCUUUGAAAUUCAACUCUAUUGUACAGUAUAUAUAUAUUGCUAUACACCAAUAAAAAUCAGACGUAUUAAUAAACUUUUGUUCAUGUGCAACAUCAAUUUAUGUAAUUAACUGUCGAGUUAUUUCAUGACCUUUACCACCAAAUUGUGUAAUUCUUGUUUCCCAAAUAAAUAAAUUGAGUAAACA